GGCUAUGGCUCAUGUCGACGCGUCGCUACAGACUGGGCAUCCCAGGAUCCUUUUUCUGUGGGCAGGAAUGCUUCAAAUCGGGAUGGGUGAGCGCUGCCUUGUUGAGCGAUGUCCUCAAUGCGGUCUGAACGGUUGUGUAGAAAGUACACAAGGCGAUCCACGGUGGCCUCGUAUCCGCUGACGGGACAUACAACCCGUUCCCAAACUUUGCCUACACCGGCAGCAUGCGGCCCGCAUAUCCGCUCUCGAGCAAGCGGCAGAUCCCCGCACACAUCCAGCUCCCAGACUACGUCGCCGAUGACAGGUGUCCCGAGGUCGGAGAUCCGCGCGUCGGGUGGCCCGACGAAGAUCCUGAAUGCGGAGGAGAUCGAGAAGAUGCGCACAGUGUGUCGGCUGGGCCGUGAGAUCCUGGACAUCGCUGCGGCUGCCAUCCAACCCGGCGUGACGACGGACGCGCUGGACGAAAUUGUGCACAAUGCGACGAUCGAGCGGGAGGCGUAUCCUUCUCCGCUCAACUACCGCAACUUCCCUAAAUCAGUGUGCACCUCUGUCAACGAAGUCAUCUGCCACGGGAUACCGGACAAGACUGCUCUGAAGGAGGGCGAUAUCGUCAACCUGGACGUCAGCGUGUACCAUCAAGGGUUUCAUGCCGACCUCAAUGCGACCUAUCCCGUUGGUAAGAUCGACGACGAGUCGGCCAAACUGCUCCGCGUAACGCGAGAAUGCCUCGACAAGGCGAUCGCAAUGUGCAAGCCCGGCGCCUUGUUCAGGGAUGUCGGCAACGUCAUCGAGCCGCACGCGAAAGCGAAUGGAUGCUCUGUUGUGCGGACCUACGGCGCGCACGGGAUCAACACUAUGUUCCACUGCGCACCGGACUACAUCCCGCACUACGCGAAGAACAAGACGCCCGGUGCGAUGAAGGCAGGAAUGGUGUUCACCAUCGAGCCUAUGAUCAAUUUGGGACCCAGCUCUGCUGACAUCCACUGGCCGGACAACUGGACCGCCACGACUGUGGAUGGGAAGCGUAGUGCCCAGUUCGAGGAGACGUUGCUGAUUACGGAGACCGGCGUAGAGGUGCUGACCGCGAGACCGGCGUAAGGUGACCUAGACAAGUCUGUUCGCGGGAUUCGGGUCACACUUGGUGUCAGACUCUGAGCCCAUUGCGUAUCUUAUUCAAGGAGAAAACUCUGCGCGUUUCUGCGGUGCUGCGUGCUUUCGUGUGCAAGUACAUACUGUUAGCUAACCAACGAUCAAGUGUUUAGAACUCCCUUCUGAACAGUGUGAUUGGACAAUGCGACGAUUAUCACGGGCUACUAUUCUCUCUUCGACAGCCGCGCGGAUUCCAGAUCCGCUUUCGUCAAUUUCACGGUUUUCAUACAUCGCGGUGUGCUUCCGUUUCUCAGUGCUACCCAUUCGGUGCACAUCACGUUGCAGAGUGUCGCUAUUCUUUCGGCUGCGAGGAGCGUAACAUACAAAUUUCUAACAGAAGGCUUGAGAAGGAGUCGCUGCCGCGAGAAAAAGGAAAUGCACGCAGUAUCUGAC